CGCGAAAACCGUCCGACCCUUGUUUAGAUGUAGAUCAGCUGGGACAAUAACAACAAUAACGGCAGAUAACGGGGUCGGGACGGCGCUUUUAUAAAUGGACCGCGUACGGCGUGAGCAACCGAAGGACCAGCGGCGGGUGUUUUAAAAGAUGCGUGUGUAUUUAACCGCUUUAUUUCUUCACAUUUCCAGUUUGUCGGACUGCUUCCUGCGUGCCCCAACAAAACGAGGGGGUUGAAGAAUUGCGCUAAUAACUUAGCUAGCAUGCUAAUCUGCCCUACAUUCUCAUACCCAACGAUAUCUGUGUGUACUCCGCUCAACUGCCUGUCGCUUUACUGCGUAUACUCUCAAAGAUGCUUUUGAGUUAUGGUGAAGCCUUUUGCAUUGUACAUAUUUAAUUUCGAUAGCUCACUCCUGGAAUGGUGCUAUAAAGUUUGAAUAGCCGUUUAACUAAGCCCAGUGUUAGGUGUAAGGAGGAAGAAUAUUGUUUUCUACCCUUUAAUGGCUAACGUUAGUUUACCGGCUGCACCGGGUUGUUUGUUAACUUGUUUCAGUCUUUGUUGUUAGGACACAAGCUAGCUCGCUAGCAGGGCUGGUAGCUGUGUUGGGGGCAUUGUGGCCAGGCCUCGCGGCUCUACUGUACUGACAGGAGAGAUGAAAACAAAAGAUUAGCUCGCUCCCUUGCUAGCUCGCUAACCUCCAGCGUUUAUUACCGCCACGGACCAUUUGCGACUCUUUCUCUGAUAACAUAUCAGCGGCUGAGCCUCAAGGCGCAGAGCUGGUAUGCAUUUUGCAAUAUUAUAUUGUUUGCCAAAUGUCCUUGUUUGGCAGAACAGCCUGUCUUGCUGUUUCACCAUCAGCCUAAAAAUAGUUUUCAGCAGUUAGCUUCCAAUAGGUUAUCAUUUAUGUUCAAGUUAUGUUGUUGGUUGUAAUGUAUUUGCAGUAGCUUGUUUGUGAACAGCAAGGUGGACAGUAGAGAAAGAGGAACUUUUUUUUAAGAAAUGUUUAAGCUGCCUAGAAAUAGCUGCAAGCAGACUUUCAGAAGGUUUCACCAUCGUUCCUUAAAUCCACUGAGCACAGCAAAUCCAAGUCGGUGUUGAGACCCCCAAAGUCCAGGGAAGGGCUCCUCGGUGACCCACUGCAAUGUCAGAGACUCUGAUAACGGGCCAGACAUCGGAGGAUCUGUUGGCUGACUUUGAGACCUUGCUGAACUCUGGGAGUAUUGACCUGGGCGAGGACCACCAGAUAGUGAUCAUCACCAGCCCCAGCAAUGAGGGACUCCACCCGACCGCUGCCCCCACCAGCACGGGGGAAAUCCUGCUGUUUGCCACGCCACAGGGCCCUGCUGAUGUGGGGAUCCAGGACAAGAGACGGCCGGCUCUUGGAAGACCACCGGUAAAGAGGAAGUUGGACCUGGAUAGUGACCAUCAGUAUGUCAGCACCACUCGUCCGUCCGUUGGCCAAGCACCACCCUCCACGCCCGCCCCUCCCAGAGUUCCUCGAAAUACAACGGAGAAGUCACGGUAUGACACUUCCUUGAACCUGACCACCAAGCGCUUUCUGAACCUGCUGUCCCAGUCGGCUGACGGCGUGGUGGAUCUGAACUGGGCCUCGCAGGUCCUGGAUGUCCAGAAGAGACGCAUCUACGACAUAACCAACGUCCUGGAGGGAAUCCAGCUCAUCUCUAAGAAGUCCAAAAAUAACAUCCAGUGGCUUGGUAAUCGAGUGGAUGCGGCACUGGUCUCCCGCCAUAAGGAGUUGCAGAGGGAGGUGUGUGACCUCACAGAGGCCGAGCAGCAGCUGGAUGAGCUCAUUUCCAAAUGCAACCUACAGCUCCGACUGCUCACAGAGGACCCACAGAACAAGAAGUUUGGCUAUGUGCGCUGCCAGGACUUAAAGAAGUCAUUUGAUUCCCCAGACCAGCUGGUCAUGGUGAUCAGAGCUCCACCAGAGACCCAGAUGCAAGUUUCAGAACCCAGCCAGGGUUACCAGGUAUCGCUGAAGAGCUCGCGGGGUCCAAUCGACGUCUUCCUCUGUCCCGAAGACAGCUCCGGCGUCUGCAGCCCCGUGACGGGAAGCAGUCCCUCGAAACCCAAUGCUGACGCCUCCCUGGACCCGCCUGCCACACAACACACAGACAAAUCACAAGCCAGAACGUCCACAACCGCCCUGGAAGUGGGUUUAUCAUCACCAGCGUCCACGUCAUCCACGGUGACAGCAGCCUCCCAGCAGGACCCCUCAUCACUGGUGUUAGGAGGCGACACAGAUUCGCUCCUUGGAGGCGACCCGUUUGCCAGCCUUGGAGACAUGCCCGAUUUUGACCUCUCACCCCUCUCCUCCUCGGACUUCCUGAACGGAGAAGGCCUCUCUCUCCCGCUGGACGGUUUCAUCAACCUGUCCCCCCCGCACAGUCAUGACUACCACUUCGGACUGGAGGACCAUGAAGGCAUCAGUGAACUGUUUGACUGUGACUUUGGUGACCUAUCACAAGUUUUGGGGAACAGUUGAAUGAAAAAGGAGAGGAGGAGCAUGUAAGCUUCUAGAUUUCCUCUCUUCCUCGGGGCUUCUGGAAGGAGUGCUGGAAAUCAACGUUAUAUGGACGUAUCUUUAUCAAAAACCCAGACAUAAUGUUGUGGGGUGUGGGAAAAUGUUUUGUGUAGUAAUUGCCUGUGAUCCCCAGAAUACCACCCUAACUACAAAAUCUCAAAAAUUCCCCCAAAUUGUAUAGCACAUGAUUAGCACUUCUCUUUGGCCAUUGAAACAUUUUAGACCAAGACUUUAGCUUUAGAAUAGCUAUUUAAAUUAUUUAUAUGAAAGUUAUUUUGAUAUUUUGUAUCAAGUGAGGUUUUUGUCGUUGUUGUUAAUGUUUUAUCCGAGUGGAUCGUGCAGGUGUUUGCGUGUGGGAGUAUGAACUCACAGGGCUGGUUUCCUAGACACAAUUUAACUUACAUGCUACAACUCAUAAGGCUGGUUUCUUUUAGAAGGCUUAAGUGUUUUCGGAAUCAGCAUUAUUAGAGGUGCAGAUCCAGUGCUGGGCUGUCCAAAAGCAUCUUGGAGCUAUGGAGCAGUUUUACACUCUCCCAAUAGGUUUUUUCCCACAGUGAUAGAAGUCAUUAUAAGCACAAAUGUAAAGGCUUCUUCAUCAAUAAUUAGUUUGGUCUAAAACACUGGAAUCCUGAAAGACUGGUUUCUCUAAUGUGUCUGAAAAUGACAUUCAAGGUAUCAUUACCCUGACUUAAUGACUAGAUUUGCACGUUUCCCAGUCUCCCACUGUGGAUUAAAAAAAGACUUAAUAAAUAACUAAUGGUCCACUUUUAAUUGUCCUCAAACCCACUGGGGUUGUCUUUAGUGGGGUGUUCAUAUAUGUAUGUGAAAAAUGAACACAAACAAGACCUAAGAUGCUUUUGGGGAGCUUGACCCUCAUCCUUCUUCAAAAAAAAUGGUAACAGAAAGUCACCAUGACAUUUGUUGUUUUUCUUCAAAAUACCCUUUUCCUUUGGUCAUCUGGAGAAAAGCCAUUUUAGAGAGUCUGAGGGACAAAGGUGGAGACUCAGUGUGACUCAUACUGUGGUUUUGAAGGAAAAAUCAUACAGUUCAAAUCCGAAAGGUCAAGACAUAUUUUGUUGGUGUGCCGGAAACCAGGUUAUAAUAGUCUGCUGCAGUAAUGCUAGCGAGUUAAAACUAAUACUGAAUAUGUUCUCUAUUAGUUAGCUAAGUGUGUAGCACAUAGUCUCAGGUGUUCAGAGCAGAGAGAAGUCUUAAAUCAAUGUUUUUGAUGCAAACGUAUGAGAGUGUGACGUUUUAGAUGCAUUUCAUGGGUGUUGUGUAGGUUGAUAAUAGGUUUUUACAGGUCUAGAAGAAGCUUGAAGACAGCUUGCGUGUGUUUUUAUUUUUUUUUUCCCCGACUUUUUCAGCCAAGGGUUGAGGCGAGAAAAGUUCACCAGAUGCCUGUAGAGUAAUGCUCCCAGAACCACCCGACUGUUAUUGCCAGGUGGGGAAUCUCCCAGCAGGUGCUGAGCCCUGACGUACAGUUAAAGAAGUUCAGUUCCUCACAAACCAAUACACCCUUUGGUUGCGUGUUUACUGGAAGCCUUCAGUGUGGUUUGUUUGUCAUUAUGGGUGUAUUAAAGCACAGCUGCAUCUUUUGCUUUUACCAGUCUAAUCAAGUGUAGAGCAGUGAUGACUUCCGAAAGGGUUCAGCAGAAGGUAUGUUAAACAGGGACAUCCUGUUAUGUUAUAUGCACUUCGAAUCAAUUCAGAAAGUUAAUGUUCAUGCCUUAAAUCAAUGAUCUCUUUGUGAAGGGAGGUACCUUGGAUAUCUUAUCUUAUAGCCCCCGAAAGGAUCAAUUCCUUCUUGUCUUGUACAGUCACAUCAGGCUCCGCCUUCACAUACUACUACAUGGUUUGUUUCUAUCACAUUGAUUUUCAGUUGCAGUAAGCAGCAAUAACACAUCAUGUACUCAGAGUAUGAGAUGAAAAACUGUCCUGCUUCGUGUCCGGUGUUGUUGUAGUUAUUUCUGCAUCAAACUUUUUUUCUUGUUUUAAGUUAUGUAAGCUAACAUGUUUUUUGCAUUCCUGAAGUAUUGGGUUUUAAUAUGUGUGCGGGUGCAUGUGUGUGGAAUAUACAAAUUGUCUUUUUUUUAAUUUGAUAUUUAUUUAAAGCGGGUUUAAUAGAAAAUAUGGUACAAAGUUUUUCUUUUCUCCCCCAAUUUUCUGGCAGGAAGUAACUUUAUACCCACACUUUGGGUAAAUCCAAGCUAAAUGUGCAUUGAUAAUUGUGUUCUUUUAAUGAAUUUAAGUAUUUUGUUUGUAAAUUAGCUUCUCCUAGUACCACAGUUAUAUUUUGCCAUGUUUUGUGUCCCCCAUAGAGAAUAUAUUUCCCUGUCUUUCCCGUUGUGCAUGUGCAACCUUUGCAUUGGCUAAUGAUGCGUCAUAUUUUCAAGAGAAAAAUAUUCACAAAUACAGCAUAUUUGGCACUUUGACUGAAAUAACUAAAUGUAACUUAAUUCUUAAUUCCUUGUUUGAUCACGGCAUUCGUUCUCACAUCAGCUUAGAUGAAAGAUAAUCUCGAUGUUGCAGGCAACAUGCUAAUCUAAGGUUGUACAUGUAUUAUAUAGGGCUUCCUUUGGGUGCCUCAAACUGUCACAUGAAUGUGUGAAAACCUUACAACUACAGUCAUGUUUCCUUUAUCUUCAGCUCUGUGGAAAUCAGAAAAUCCAGUGUAUAUUUUCAACAGCAUCUGAAAAGUUUUCAACUGACAGCGGUGUUACACGCCUCUAAGAUGUUAGGCUCCUUUUAUGACCCGUGUAACCCUUAUAGAAUGUAUCAUGUUUGUUUUUGUCUGUCUUGGUUUUAAUAUCCAACAUCCAGCUGAACUGAUCGACAUUGUUGGCAGAAUGGGAGCAGUUCAUGUUGUCCACCGUUGUGAAAUUUGUGUCAGUCAUGUUUUGGUUCUCUGCAGGACAAAUGCAGUGCCUUGUUGAGGUAAAAUAUUAAUUAAUAUUCAAAUCAGGAUUUCUUUUUGUGUGUGGCCAUGGUGAAGGAAUGCAAUGUUUUCAUGUGGUUUGUUUUGUUUUGUUUGAAAAGCGUUCAAGAUAACAUUUGCGCCAGGGUUGAAAUCAAAUCACCUUCAGUUAAAAUUCAAAACGGAUACCUCUGUAUAAGUAUCUGUGGAAAUCGGAGCAUAUUGAAGGACAAUAAUAGGUCAGGGCUGUACUGAAUUCAUUGUGAAAUAUGAUAUUUGAUGCAAAACUAUAAAUAUCUAAUAUAGUUGUUGAUUCUUAUACAAAAGUGUCUUAUCAUGUGUUAAAAGUCACUGUUGGACGCAAAAGAAUUUCACUAGUGCUAUGAAAUUUCUGUGGUUUAACAGACCGAAAGUGAAUUGACUCCAACCCUGAUCCAGUCGCUGUUCAAAGUGCUUUUAAGGGAAACUUAUCCGGCAACCUAACAAUCAGUCACAGUUAUUCUGUUUUACAAUUUUUAUUUUUGUCCUUACAUUCUGGGUAAAAAAAUAAAUAAAUACAGGUUUGUACUUGUGAAUUAUUAAUGGGCCCUAAUAUGCCCUUUUGUAUCAAUUUUUCUUUGACAAAAAUAAAAAGUUAACUAUUUUGAUUUGA